UAGUAGCUCAAUCGGUAAAAUUGAUCCAAUUGUAACGAUAAAGAAACGAAGCGAGGAAGGGUUUUUGUUCUGCAAAGCUCUUUCUGGCUCUGAUUGAUUUCGCAAAAUCCACAUUCAAUCAUAUCGAAGAAGAAGUAAAAUCAUUAUCAGUUAUUAUCUUAGAAAUAUAAAAUUUGAGGAGAUAGAUUGAUAGAUAGGUAGAGAAGGAAAGAGUUUUUUUUUCAGUUUUUGAAUUUACAUCAUGAAGACGACGAAAGGAGGCAAAGUUAUGAACCCUACAGACGCCUAUCGUAAGGAGCUUCGCAAGAAGGAAUUAAAACGGAACAAAAAAGAAAGAAAGAAGGUUAGGGAGGUGGGCAUUUUGAAGAAGGAUCCUGAGGUGCUAAGGGAGCAAAUAGAGAAGUUGGAAAUGAUGAAGGCUGAUGGUGCAUUGGAUAAAGCAAGAAAACACAAAAAGAGACAACUGGAGGAUACACUUAACCUUGUUUUGAAAAAAAGAAAGGAGUAUGAAGAUAAAAUGAAGGAGAAGGGUGAGACCCCAGUAAUGUUCAGUCAUUUGGGUCCACCUCGAAGAAGAACAUCUGCAGAAGAAGAAGAGAGAGUCAAGCACCCUAAACCUGAAGACUCUGUCUAUUAUCACCCUACACUGAAUCCUACUGGGGCCCCACCACCGGGAAAGCCUCCUAUGUAUAAGUCAUCCAUAGGCCCCCGGAUUCCUUUAUCUGCUGCUGGCUCAUCAAGCGCUGCUGCAUCAUCCUCAAUGGCCGAGGCAGAGGAUGAUGCUUUAGCAGUGCCUCCACCCCCACCUCCCCCACCUCCUCCUUUGCCAGAUGGCACUCAAUUGGGUGGUGGGGAUAACUCUGUUAUACCUGCUUCCUUGCCUCUACCUCCUCCUCCUCCAAUGCCUCCAAAGCCUCCUGUACCAGGCAUGGGGACAUCACUGCCACCACCACCUCUGCCCCCACCUCCUCCAGGCCCCCCGCCAAAAGACCAAGUUGCAAGUCACACCUUACUUUCCCCACCACCUCUUCAACAAACUCAGCCACCACCACCUGGCACUAAUGGAAGUGAAAGGGAGAGAAAUUCAUCUAUAUUGUCAGAUGAAUCAUCCACCAAAGAAGCAAUUCAGGUAACUUCUGUGCUCCCUCCACCACCACCUCCUCCAGGAAUGCCACCAACAUCGGCAAGGAAUCAAUCUGAUGGUGCAUCAUCUGAAGCUGAUAGCAAAAAUCAAACAGUAUCUAGUGAUAACACUAAAAUGGUUCCCCCACCGCCACCGCCUCCAUUGCAACAUCCUCCAGUGCCUGGGCCAUCCUUGAUCCCCACAUUACAGGCUGAUGUAUUACCACUGGGGAUGUCGCGUUUGCCCCCUCCCCCACCCCCACCAAAUAUGCAUGCACCAGUGGCUGCUUCAGGACUCCCUGGUCAAGUGGCUCCUCCUGGAGUGAUGGUUCCACUAAUGCCAAGACCACCAUAUGGUCCUCCCCCUGGACCUCCCCCAAUGAUGAUGCCACCACUUCCUCCUGGUCCUCCUCCUACCUUUCAAGAAGAUGCUGCAGCAAGGAUAACUGUUCCGCAGAAGCCAUCUUAUGUCAAAUCUGCAGCAUCUACUGUUGUUAAGAGGCCACUAGCACAGCACACUCCAGAACUUACAGCUAUGGUUCCUGCCUCAGUUCGUGUAAGGAGAGAGACUGCAGUCACAAAACCGAAACCAAAGUCAACAAUUCCAACAACAGCAACACCCAUCAGGCCAGCAGCUUGUACCAUUGUGAAGCCAGAGUCCACUAACUUGUCAUCAGCGUCGAAGGCUACGAGCAUUGAUGACUCAUAUAUGGCCUUUUUGGAGGACAUGAAAGCACUUGGUGCCCUUGAUGCUUAAUUUCAGUAUUACAGGCUAGAGGGGAAGUAUAAAAGAAGCCAAGGGGAAUCUAGUGUACAGGUUAAUGUACCGGAUCAGGGAGUUGACUAGAAAUAUUUAUUAUUUCUGGUAGCCUGCUGCCUUGGUUCUAUCUUCAUAGUGGCUUUAGGAACUUCCAUUAUUGCCGGUACUUCAUUUUUGUGUUGCUAAAACAUCUCAAUUAAGUGAGGUGGGCAUAACUGGUGGUAAGUUUUCUCAGUCGACCGUAGAUAUUUUAACCUGGAGCAAGGUGGGAACUGCAUUACAAUACAUUUAAAUUCAACUUUGCUUUCUCCUCGAUUCUCAAUUUGUACUUUUCCCCCUCUUUCACGGGCUGAAUUAAAUUACUGUAUACUUCUGAUUUAUAACCUGCCAAUGAUGUAUUUCUAUUCUAUGUUGCAUAUUCAGAGACAAACUUCUAAUUUUUUAAAGCUUCCUAAGAGUAUGAUACCAUUUUGUGGAACAGACCAGAAAAUACACCAAGGAAGAAGUCUCAGAAAGUUUUCUUAGCAGGAAAGAAGUUUUUGGUACCUCGAGAUAAUUGUCACAAGUAGGAAAGUGAGAUCAUGCCAUUUGUCAUAUUGCACUAAUCAUAGGAGACCUCACAAUAAAAUAUUAUCUUUUAUUAUUAUUA